AUGACGCCAGUGACUAAAUUUGCGGUCAAGGAGAAGUAUCAGUAUCUGGAGGGGUUUGGGAGUUAUCACCAAUCAGAAGCAUUCCCAGGUGCCAACCCGUUGGUAAACAAUAGCCCACAGAAGCCUCCCUAUGGCUUGCGGACGGAGAGGAUAAGCGGUAGUUCCUUCACAGCGCCAAGGGACCACAACCUGCAGACCUUCAUGUACAGGCAAACCUCAUCGCUCAAACACUCCAAAUUCGUGCCUUACAACAACAAAUCCACGGCAAACCCACCCAGCUAUUUGUCGCCCAACUCCUCACUAUGGCCAUCCGUCCCUGUCGACCCAGAUGCAGACUGGCUCACCCAGACACUCCUAGCCCAGAACGGCGACGCAGCAACCAAGACAGGCCUUGCCAUAUGGCUUUUCUCCAUCGCCCAAUCCAUGAAACCCAACGUGGCCUUCUCGUCUCUCGACGGGGACUGUCUCAUCAUCCCCCAAGCCGGAACUCUCAACAUCCAAACGGAGCUCGGAAAACUACUCGUCCGCCAGAACGAAAUUUGUGUUAUUCCCCGGGGUAUCCGGUACUGUGUGACCCUCCCUGCCGGGCCCGCACGCGGCUACAUGUGCGAGCUCUUCCAGGGCCACUUCCGGCUGCCCGAGUUGGGGCCCAUCGGAUCCACGGGCCUAGCCAAUAUCCGGGACUUCCAGAUUCCCACCGCCUGCUUUGACGGCGAACUCAAGGGCGAUGUGGCUGUUGCCAACAACACAGAAUAUACAAUCAUAUCCCGCCAAGCCGGACGUCUCUGGUUCUGCACGCAAGACCACACACCUUUCGACGUAGCCGCCUGGCAUGGCACGUUCUAUCCGUAUAAGUACGACCUGGCACGGUAUUGUGUAAUGGGGAACUUGCUCUUCGAUGAGCAUGAUCCGAGUCUAUAUACGCUCCUGAGCGCGCCGUCGAAUCGCGAGCCGGGUACGAAUGUAGUUGAUUUCGCCAUCAUACCGCCAAGGUGGAUGGUGGCGGAGGAUACGUUGCGGUUGCCCUAUUUUCAUAGGAAUACCAUGAGUGAAUUCUUUGGAUUGAUUGCGAAUGUGCAGGACCCAGAGCAUGGGUUGAAUGGAGGGGGCCAGGAGUUCAGGCCGUUUGUUGCAGGAUUGCAUGGGUGUAUGACGACACAUGGAGCAGUUGAGGCAGAUUUCCAACGAGCUACUAAGUCGACUCUCAAGCCAGAAAAGUUGGGGACAGAAGGACUGACGGUCUUUUUGCUUGAGACGGAGUUGCCGCUAUACUUGAGUGAUUGGGCUGUUGAAGCAGCUGGGCAUGGUCCCAAAUCCAAGACUCAAAUCUCUUCAAAAAUGUGA